UUCUCUUAAAUUUCUCUAAUUUCUCUUGAAUCAUGGCCAUUCAUCAUCCUGGAUUUUUCAAGGUCAUGCAAAAUCACAAAGAGGAGAUUAGACUUCCCAAGAAAUUCGUGGGGAAAUAUUGGAAAGCAAUUUCAAAUCCGGUAUUCCUUAUUCUACCAAAUGGAGUUGAACACAAAGUAUUUUGGGUGGAACAUGACAGUGAUAUUUGGUUUCAAAAGAACUGGGAAAAACUUGCAAAGUUUUUAAAAGAUAAUUAUUUUUUAACUUUCAAAUAUAUAGGUCAAUCCUAUUUUAAGGUUAAUAUUUAUGACACAAGUAGUUUGGAAAUAGAUUAUUCCCGUAUAAAAUUUGUAAGUGAAGUUGGUGAAGGUAUAAAAGAAGCUGAAGAGAUUAUUGAAGUGAAUGAUAAUAGGGAUAAGAGUUUAGAUGAGAGUGAACCAUCCAUGCAAGUUCAAAUGACAAAAGUUAAUGGCAAGAGAAAAACUAUGGAUUUUGAUCCUACACAUGAAAAACUUUCAAGUAUUAACAUAGGAAGCAUGAUUAAGAUGCCAAAAGAAUGUCAAACAACCGAAACAAUGAAUGAGAACCCAAGUUUUGAAGUUAAAUUGACACCAUCUUCUAUCAAAAACUAUAGAUUGAGGAUACCAACUGAGUUUUCUCGAGAAUACUUGAACAAGUUCAGAGGGACGGCAACCAUAAGAGUCGGUGAAGACAGAACAAUGAAAGUUAAGGUGAAGUUCGAUGAUAUCUAUAGUCGAUCUGUUGUGAGCGCAGGUUGGAAAUCGAUUAUUCAAAAAUAUAAGUUACAAGUUAAUGAUGUUUGUAUAUUUGAGAUGAUUCAACUUCAACCACCUUCGUUCACUAUUGCUAUUAUUCGAGGAGAAGAAGAAGACCCAAGCCCUAAGAAGUUGAAAGGUUUUUUCUUUCUUUAG